CCGAGUAAUGGUGGACUGCGCCAAUUUUAUUCCUCAACCUAAACGUUGUUUGAACCGUUUCAUCGAUAUAUCCUAACAGUUUUCUGUACAUAUUUACAUGGACAUGCACACGCCAGCAGAUAAGCCACGUAAGGUUAAUGGGGCUAAGUUUCAUCGGAAAUCUGAUUUGAAGGGUCACAUGAAAAUAAAAUCAGGAAAGAAGCCAUACAAGUGUGAAAUAUGUGAUGCUGCUUUCUCCAAGAAAAGUAAUUUACAACCACAUAUAAGAGGACAUACCGGGGAGAAGCCAUACAAGUGUGAGGUAUGUGAUGCUGCUUUCAUCCAGAAAAGUCAUUUACAACAACAUAAAAGAACACAUACAGGAGAGAAGCCAUAUCAGUGUGAGAUGUGUGCUGUUGCUUUCUCCCAGCAAGGCCAUUUAUAUCAACAUAUAAGAACACAUACUGGAGAGAAGCCAUACAAGUGUGAGGAAUGUGAUGCUGCAUUCUCUAAGAAAAGUGAUUUAAAUAGACAUUUUAGAAUACACAUGGGAAAGAAACCAUACCAAUGUACGGUGUGUGAUGCUGCUUUUUGUCAGAAAAGUGAUUUACAUAGACAUAUUACAAUACACUCCAGAGAGAAGCCUAACAAGUGUGAGGUAUGUGCUGCUGCCUUUUCUCGAAAAGAUCAAUUCAAAAUACAUGUCCGAAUACACACAGAAGAGAAGCCAUACAGGUGUGUGGUAUGUGAUGUUGCCUUCCCACAGAAAAGUGAUUUACAUCAACAUAAAAAAGUACACACAGGUGAGAGUACAUUAAAGUGUGAUGUAUGCGAUGCUACCUUCUCUCGGAAAAGUAAUUUACGACAACACAUUAGAAUACACACAGGAGAGAAGCCAUACAAAUGUGAAGUAUGCGCGGCUACUUUCUCUCGGAAAAGUAAUUUACAACAACAUAUAAGAAGACACACAGGGGAGAAGCCAUUCAUGUGUGACAUAUGUGCUGCUGCUUUCUGUCAGAAAAAUGAUUUUCAACGACAUUUAAGAAUACACACGGGGGAGAAACCAUACCAGUGUGAUGUAUGUGCUGCUGCUUUCUCCCAGAAAAGUGAUUUUCACAGACAUUUUAGAAUACACUCGGGGGUGAAGCCAUACUCAUGUGAGUUGUGUGAUGCUGCUUUUUAUCAAAAAAGUGAUUUACACAGACAUAUUAAAAUACAUACUGGGGAGAAGCCAUAAAAGUGUGGGGAAUGUGCUACUGCCUUCACUUAGAAAAAAUAUUUAUGUAGACAUUUUCGACUACACACGGGAAUGAAACCAUAUCUCAUGUAAGGUGUAUGAUGAUGCUUUUUGUCGAGUAAAGAUUUAAAUUAACAUAAAACACACAUAACAGAGAAGCCAUACAAAUGUGAGGUAUGUUCUGCAGCUUUCUCUCAGAAAGGUCAGUUACAGAGUCUUACGUACAUGUAUACACGCAUGGGAUACACGCUGCUGCCUUCUCUCUGAAAAGUCAUUUACAACAACUUUUUAGAAGACACACUGGAGUGAAGCCAUACACAUUAAAGGUAUGUGCGGCUGCGUUCUCCCGGAAAAGCUAUUUACGACAACAUUUAACAUACGAGAAAGAAGCCAUACAUGAUAAAGGUUUAAGAAAUGUGACUCUGUCUGCCGUCGAAGAAGUGAUUUACAUGAACGUUUUAAAAGACACACAAGAGAGAAGCGAUACAUGAUAAAGGUUUAAGGAAUGUGGCUUUGUCUGCCGUCGAAGAAGUGAUUUUCAUGAACGUAUUAGAAGACACACAGGAGAGAAGCCAUACAUGAUAAAGGUUUACGAAAUGUGGCACUACUUGCCGUCUGAAAAGUGAUUUACCUGAACAUAUUAGAAGACACACAGAAGAGAAGCCAUACAUGUAUGUGUGACUUAUGUUUUGCUGCGUUUUCUCGAAAAUUACAAACACAUAAAAGAAGUUAUACAUAAAAGAAGCCGUAAAUGUGUGACUAAUGAGUUGCUACUUUAUUUCAACAAGGUACACCUGAGACAAAUAUGUUGGCAUAUUACUGCCUUUAGAUAACAUUGUCACAAUCGCUUGACCUUUCCAUGCUUUUCAAGAUUCACAGAUAAUUAGUCAAACUUUGUUUCAUUAUGCAUUCUUGUUUUUACUGAUGUAUUUUGUGUUAGAAUAAUUCUCGUGUUAAAAUAGACAUGACUGUUGCUGUC